GAUAAAAAAAGGUACACAUAGUUUGAGAUCGUCAACGCCAGGUGGUGGCAAUAAGCAGCGGUUGUAAGCAAGCAGUUCGAGAGUGAGCAGUGAGCAGAAGCAGCAGAAGAUGGAAUUUAACCGCCGAAACAUCCUCCUUAUACCGUUAUUAUUACUAGCAACAUCAACGUUAACACCGCUUCAAUCUUCUUCAUCUUCAGAAUCAGAAUCUUCAGAAUCCAUCAUCAUAUCUCGAUUUCAAACCUACCUCCAAAUUAAAACCGACCAACCAAACCCAAAUUACACCCAAUCCACCAAUUUCCUAACCUCACAAGCCAAAUCCCUCUCCCUCCAAUCCCAAACUAUCGAACUCGUCUCCGGAAAGCCACUAGUUCUUCUCAAAUGGGCCGGCACAAGCCCAAACCUCCCCUCCAUCAUGCUCUACUCACACACCGAUGUUGUCCCCGCCGAACACGAUAAAUGGGCCCACCAUCCCUUUGAGGCCCAUAUUGAUUCGCGUGGUCGUAUUUAUGCUAGAGGCUCUCAAGAUAUGAAGUGUGUUGGUAUGCAGUAUCUUGAAGCUGUUAGGAAGCUUAAGGGAUGGGGGUUUGUGCCUAAACGUGAUGUUUACUUGGUUUUUGCUCCUGAUGAGGAGAUUGGUGGACAUGAUGGUGCUGAGAAGUUUUCCUUGUCUCAGGUUUUUCGCGAAUUGAAUGUUGGCAUUGUGCUUGAUGAAGGGCUGGCUUCUCCGGAUGAGCAUUACAGGGCGUUCUAUGCAGAGAGGAGCCCAUGGUGGAUGGUGAUCAAGGCUGUUGGGGCUCCUGGACAUGGGUCCAAGCUUUAUGAUAACUCUGCUAUGGAGAAUCUCUUGAAGAGCAUUGAAAGCAUCCGAAGGUAUCGUGCCUCGCAAUUCGACUUGAUCAAGGCUGGCUUGAAGGCUGAAGGAGAUGUUGUUUCUAUUAACAUGGCCUUUUUGAAGGCUGGAACUCCAUCUCCAACUGGUUUUGUCAUGAAUUUGCAGCCAUCUGAAGCAGAAGCUGGAUUUGAUAUUAGAGUGCCACCAACUGCUGAUGCAGAAUCACUGGAGAGACGAAUUGCUGAAGAAUGGGCACCUGCUUGGCGCAAUAUGUCUGUUUCUCUUGGACAGUUCAAACAGAAGGUACCUGUAACUGAUGCGUAUGGGAAACCAGUUGUCACCAAAACUGACAGUUCCAAUCCCUGGUGGGCAUUGUUAGAAAAUGCUGUCCAAGAGGCUGGUGGGAAACUUGGUAAGCCAGAGAUCUUUCCUGCCUCAACAGAUGCACGCUAUUUCCGCAAUCUUGGAUUGCCAGCAAUUGGGUUCUCACCUAUGGCAAACACUCCUGUUCUACUCCAUGACCACAAUGAGUAUCUCAACAAAGAUGAAUACUUGAAAGGGAUCAAAAUAUACGAGUCAAUUAUUAAAUCAUUUGCAUCCUUCGACGAACAUGGAAGAGAUGAAAGGUUCAAAGAUGAGUUAUGAGCAAGUGGUGUGGCAGUUUCCCUUUCUUAAUGCCAACACUCUGGCUUUGUCUCAGAUGCAACAUUAUUUGAAGUGACUCAAUUUUAGUUUUUGGUAUGCAACAAUAAAGAGGGUAUAUGAUAUGUAAAAUAAAGAGGAAAUAAACCCUUCGGUUUAACUUUGGCCAUAGAAACUUAGCUUUGUGUUGAAUAUUUUUCAGAACUUAAUUUUCUGUGCAUAAUUUUGUAAUGGAAAACCACUGUACUAUGUUCAUAGGUUAGCUUGGUUCUAAAAAAUGUUUAUUAAUCAAACUGGACAGACUAAAAGUUUGUUAUAUGAAUGGAAAUUACUUGAAACAUGAACUACAAAUGUUUGAAAAGCA